CCUGUGUUUUCAGGUCACCCCUCUGAGAUGAUCACCUCCCUUCCCUUAAGUUGCCGAGAGUGGCGAGCUCCGAUCGGCCCGCUUUCCUGAUACCGCUCAGAAUUCGAUGCCGUGGUCAAGGCGCUCUGGAAAUCCAUUUCCGUGGUCGUAUUUAGUUCUUUUCUUUUUUUCCGUACAUUGAUUGAUAAUCUCCGUGCCGUUUCUUCGUCCCCAUAAUUUCUAGAGAAGUAUACUAUAAUUAACAUGUAAAACUACUGAUUAUCAUUGAGAUUGUCUUACCCUCUUUUUGUCACGUUACGAUUAUCUGGCGAACGGGAUUCUCUACAGCCGUUAUCAUCUGCUCCCGCAUGAGCGCACGGGCGCGAGCCAAUCAAAGUCGCCGGAACGGCUGACCUUUUGGUCAAACGCAAAGAAACCCUCGCCUUUCGAGAACCCGUCGUAGAUCGGACGAAAUUCCGCACGCGCCGCCAUGGAAAUGGAGAUCGAUGAUGCUCCGAGCGCGAAGCCAGGGCAGCAGCUGCCGAUCGGGGACGAGGACCUCUUCAAGGCCGCCGAGGGCGGGGAUCCGGCGGCGUUCGGAGCGCUCGCGCGGGACCAGCUCGCCAGGGCGCUCUCCCUCCGAAACGAGGACGGCCGCUCCCUCCUCCACGUCGCCGCUUCCUCUGGUCACGCCGAGAUAGUGGAUGUACUGUCAGAUGCCGAUCAGUCGACAAGUGUGAUAAACAGCAAAGAUGAAGAAGGUUGGGCCCCGCUUCAUUCUGCGGCGAGCAUUGGGAAUGUGCAGAUUGUGGAGAUCUUGUUGAGGAAAGGAGCUGAUGUUAACUUAAAGAAUGAUGGUGGACGCACUGCUCUUCAUUAUGCCGCCAGCAAAGGAUGGUUGAAAGUCGCUGAAAUUCUUAUGUCACAUGGUGCAAAGAUCAAUGCAAAGGACAAGGUAGGGAGCACUCCAUUGCAUCGUGCUGCCAGCACGGGGAACUCACAAAUGUGUGAACUUCUGAUCGAGGAAGGAGCUGAGGUUGACCCUGUUGAUAAAGCAGGCCAAACGCCUCUGAUGGCUGCAGUAAUUUGCUACAAUAAAGAGGUGGCUCUGCUGUUGAUAAGGCACGGAGCAGACGUAGACGUGGAAGAUAAAGAAGGAUACACCGUGCUUGGCAGGGCAUCGAAUGACUUGAGACCAGCACUUAUCGACGCCGCGAAAGCCAUGAUCGAAGGAUGAUCCUUUUUGCGAUUUAAUUAUCCCCCACUUUUUAUAACAGAUUGUGCAAAAUCGGAAAUAUUUUGGCAAGUAGAUGCAGAGACUUGUAUCCUGACGUUUCAGUUAACUUGAUAUCGUGUACUAUCUGGUUAUAUAGCCAUCAAUCGUUCCUGCUCAUGAUUUUCGACCUUGUUAUGUUGGAGAAAAGAAAUGGAAUUCUCUCUUCAGUGAA